UCAGAGUUUCUAUUUUAAUUUCGCUAUAAUUUCAAGCUGCUAAUGAGAUCUAGUUAUUUCUCUGUAAAUUGGUAGCCACCCACAAUUUUAUCUAAUGGAGGAAUUAAAUUCGUGCCGCUGCUGCUUAAUGCGGCCGCCAGAUAAGCAUUUGCAUUCGCCGUAUACUCGUCUGGGGCAAACGGAGAUAUACGCGGAUAUGCUAAAAGAGUGCUUCGAAAUACACUUGCCCCUCGAGGACAGCGAGUGUGGCAUCUGUGAGAUAUGUGUAAGCCGCCUCCGGGACGCGAGUGACUUCAAGCUGCAAGUGCAGCGCUGCCAGGUGGAGCUCCAGACACGGCUCACCACGCCUGUCAAAGGUGAAGAACUGAGAGUUAAAAUGGAGCUGUCUGAUGAUGAGGACAAUGGAGCGUACAUCAUCCAGCUGAAGGAGGAAAUGUCAGAUUAUGAGGACCUGAAGGAAGAGGACAGCAAGCUAGCCGAGCUGCUCGCCUUCGAGCAAGUCACCGUCAAGCGGCGCAAGACCUCCAAGACUGCUCUACCUCUUCGUCAGUUGUCCAAAAUAGAGAACGUUAAGAUCACCGAACACCGCACAAGCUACGUCAGCGAGAGUCGGAAACACAAACAAAAUAUAGAAAAUCUACUCAAACAUUGCAACGGAACACCUUUCUCUAACAAGACUUUAUAUGGCUACGUUUGCGCUUACUGCAAGGAAACAUACCCGGACCCACAAGAUCUAAGAGCACACACAGAAUCAGAACAUAAAGACUCAGAGUUCUACGACACAAAGAGAAUGGAUAAAAACAACAUGUCUGUUAAAAUGGACAUCACUGACCUCAAAUGCAACGUUUGCAACGACAGAUUCGAAGACGUAGCCACUUUGAAAAAGCAUUUGGUCAAACAACAUGAUGUGAAGUUUCAUCCGGACGUCAAAGAUUACAUCAUGGAAUUCAAACUAACUUCAGGAGACAUUCUCACCUGCGCUCACUGCAAUUCCACAUUUGAGACGUUCAAAAUGCUUCUACAACAUAUGAACGGGCAUUAUAGGAACUAUAUAUGCAAUGUGUGUGACAUGGGUUUCAUAAAUAAGCAUAGAUUGAAAAAUCACGAACGCACGCACGAUAUAGGCACGUAUAAAUGCGAGUUCUGCGAUAAAGUGUUUACUACUAGAGUUAGAAAGAUGUGCCAUGAAAAAUACACUCAUAAUAGUAGCGCAAGAUAUACUACCAACUGUCCACACUGCGAUCAAAGCUUCACUAGUUAUUACCAAAGGAAUAGACAUAUGUUCACUGAACAUAACACAGUCGCAGCUUCUUACAAAUGCAAUAUAUGCGAUAAAAACUUUAUUUUGAAAUCUAAGCUAACGUCUCAUAUUAAGAAAGUACAUUUAAUGGAACGGAAUCAUAUUUGCCCGGAGUGCGGUCAAGGAUUUUUCAUCAAGCAAUCUUUAGACGAGCACAUGAUCAAGCAUAACGGUGAACGGGUGCACAAGUGUAAUGUGUGUUUGAAAGCGUACGCUAGGAAGAAAACUCUCCGGGAGCAUAUGCGGAUACAUAAUAAUGAUAGACGGUUUAAGUGUGGUGUGUGCGGGCUGGCCUUUGUUCAGAAGUGUAGUUUGAAGAGCCAUAUGUUGUCGAACCAUGGGAUAACUCUGUCGGAGUUUGAGAGCCGAGAGUUGAGCAGUCCGCUGGUCACAUAAAAACAAAAGUUCAACAAGUUCCUAUGAAUGUAUGAGGUUUAUUCUAGUGGUACCUUCACACUUUGGCACAUUUAAGCGCAGGGUUAGCUUAGAUGGUCUGUAUGAAAGUAAAGAUCGAAUAAAUAUUGGAUAGUGUAUACUUGUAUAAUAAUACUUGCCACAUAUUAUAAGUAAAAGCAUGGAAAUGAAUAAAAAAAUGUUAUACGAAACUUAAUAAUGAAAUUUACUAAUUGUGAAGACUUUUUUUAAAGCUUUUCUGUUUAAUAUGUAAUUGGCGUUAUUUUAUAAUAACUGGAACGAGGCCAAGGUGGUGGCUCAAGAUAGAAAGGCGUGGAAGGAUCUUGUGGAGGCCCUAUG